ACGGCUGUAUCAUUAUUAUCAAAAUCUCAAAAGUAUAUAAAGUGAUUUCUCUGCAAUCAUUCUCACAUUCAGAGUCCAAGUUUCAUUUGCAAAACUUCCAAAAACUUUUCGAGUUUCAACUCAAUUACUACGUCAAACUUCAUCAUGAACUCCGUUGCCGUUAUCAUCCUCGCCGUCGCUUCUGCCGUGAGUGCUGGCGUUAUUGCCCCAGCGUUCGCCCCAGCACCACUCGGCUACACCCACGGAUUUGCUGCCCCUGCUGUGUAUCCUGGAUAUGGACUGCAGGUUGCUCAUGCUCCAGUUCUCCAUGCCCCCGUUGUGACUAAAGUAGCUGCACCAAUUGCUUAUGCUGCCCACCCAGUGGCUUAUCCUUAUGCUCAUGCUCCAAUUGUGAAGACCGCUGCUGUUGCGUAUACCGCUCCCCUUUUGGCCAAGGCAGCAGUCCCUGCCUUCGCACCUGCUUACGGAGCGUACGCCGCCCCAGCCGGUCUCCACUACUUGUAGAUCACUUAAAAGUGCAAGUAUAAAAAACAACAAGCUGUGAUGCCCCUUCCUUUACACAAAAACGCUUACAUUCUUCCCAAUUGUAUCCUCUCACCGCGGUGUCUUUCCAUUAGAGAUCAUUUAUUAAAGUUACCCAUUCUUUAGUUAAUUAAUAACAUGUCGUGUCGACAUAAUUGUCGUGAAUACCUAAGAACAAUUCAGACGCAUUGAACAAAUACAAUAAUAUUUUUAUACUUUUGUAUCAUUGUUGGAGUAAAAGAGACAUAAAAUAAAAUCAAACUUGAGAAUAAAAUCCAAACAUAAACUUUAA